GUGCAGAGCACUUCUCAUAAUGUUUGGUUUUCCGGAUGGAAUGUCCACAUCACUGGGAUCUCCGGGAAAGGGAGAGGUGAAAGAGUAGAGGCAAUUUAUUCCCUGACAAGUUAAAGGACAGAGGCCAACAACACAGAACAGACUCAAGCUUCUAAUUGCAAAGGAGAGAGAAUACCAGGAUAUAAAGGAGGAGAAAAAUGAAAGAGAAGUAUCAGCUCUAAAAGAGGAGCUGACCAAGCUCAAGGCUUUUGCAGUACUGGUUGUAAAGGAGCAGCAGUGUCUGAGUGAGCUGCUGGAGGAACAGAGGCAUCGUGUCAAAAAACUGACCACCAUCAUUGACCACAUUAAGGAGGAGGAGGUGGAGCACCACAGCCAAGUUUCCAUCUUCAACCAAAGCCAGAACACCAUGACAGCCCCAAGCCUGCUGUCAGAGGUGGAGGUACUGAGGAAAAGGGUGGUGGAAAUGGAAGGGAAGGACGAGGAGCUGAUACGCAUGGGGGACCAGUGCCGACAGCUUGACCACAGACUAGAGAGGGAGACCAGCUACUGCCGUAGCCUGAAGGUUGAGGUGGAUAAACUCCAUGGGAGGAUCAGCGAAUUGGACAGGUUGGAGGAGGCUUUAGGCAAGAGCAAACAGGAUUGUAGUAUUCUGAAGGGCAGCUUGGAAAGAGAGAGAGAGGUUAACAAGAUGAUGUUGGUUGAGCUUGACACUUUGAAGGUUAGAGUGAGAGAGCUAGAGGCUGCUGAAGGUCAACUGGAAAAAAGUGACGCAACAGUUAGACAGGACCUGGCCAAGCUCAGGUCACUGACUGUAGCUUUGGUGGAGGACAGAAAGACCAUGGCUGAGAGGCUCCGGCAGGCCGAGGAAAAACUCAAGAAGAAGGAGGGCAAAAGAAAUGAGCAAAGUAAUUUGGCAACAAUGACAGAAAGACUUAGAGAGGAGAGGCAGCAAGUACUAAGGUCUCAAGCAGAUUUAGAGGAAAGGAUUAAGGGCAUAGCAAAAGAAAAAGACGGGCUCCAAAACAGACUAAAAGCAGAGGAGGGGAGGAACGGAGAGCUACAGAGUAAAAUAACCAUGAUGAAGAAAAGGUUGCAGGUCUUGGAAAACAGGAAAGAAAAAGAGGAAAAGUACACAAAUAGCUCUAUUCCAAAUAACGCUAACCAUCACUGCCAAACAGAGGACAACAAAGUCAAAGAACUGACCCACGAACUAGAUAAUCUACAAAAGAGACUCCAGGACAAGGAGGUGUUGGAAGGAGAACUGCUGAAGGUAGAAGAAGAUUAUGAAUCCCUAGAUAAAAGGUUUAAGAAUGAACAGAGGAGGUCCCAGGCUCUAACAGAGGAGUUAGAAGUGGCAAAGAGGGAACUUUCCAGGUACGAGCAAGCAGAGAAACAGGAGCACAGCCAGGAACACCUUCUCCUUUGCCAUCUUCAGAAGGAGCAGGUUAAAUCCAGACUCUUAGCCAGAGAAGUAGAUGCCCUGAAGGAGAAACUGAAGAACCUGAUGGGGACGGAGGAAUCCAUCAGCAGAGUGCAGACGGAUCACUCUUCGCUGCAGAGGAAACUGACCCAACAAGAAGCCAGGAACAGAGAGCUGGCUAGAGAAAUGAAAGACCUGAGUAGUGAGUUAGACAGAUUUAGACAAAUCAAGAGUCUGACAACUGCUUCUAACAGAUCACAGUUUUCAGACCAUCAUCAGACCACUAAAGAGGUACAAACUGAACCAGUAGACAGUCUGCUUGGUGACUAUACCGAGCACAUUCAGAAAGUAGAUUAUGGAAAUGAUGAUGAGAGCUCAAACCACAAUGCAGAAGUCAUAAACAAAAGAAGCUCCCUUGUCAGCAACCUUAACAGCUUAAACAGUACAAAUAACAACAUAAGCCAAUACAACAGCCAAUCAGGCAAGGACAUAGAAAUGCACCAAACUAAUAAUGGCGAGGUGAUGAUGUUAACACACACACCAGGGCAGCCUUUGCACAUCAAGGUAACACCACACCAUACACUCAACACAGCAACACUUGAGAUUAGCAGCCCCACUGGAGACACAUCCACAUCCUACACCAGCAAAGCUGUCAUCCCAACAAGUGGAGCUUCACCUAAACAGAGAAUUACCAUCAUCCAGAACACAGGUCUGUCUGCAGUUAAGACUCCACCUUCAAGCCCUGACCGCAUCAUCUCCUCACUUAACGGAACACCCAUCACUAGAGUAUUAAGUCCAAAUUCAUCACGGUCUGUGACACCUGACCACAGCUCCCCCGUUCAGAUUGUAACAGUAAGGACCUGUUCUCCAGAGCCAGUAGAACCUGCAAGUCAGGCCGUCUACAGCAAGACUCCAGAGCAGCCGAACAGCUGGCAACAUCAGAAGUCCAACAGCACUGACUCAAGUCCCAGUAUCAUCACCACAGAGGAUAACAAGAUCCAUAUCCAUCUUGGGAGCCCAUAUAUCCAGUCUCUGAACAGUAUGACCCACAGAAUCCCACAGCCUGUUGGACCAUACUACCUCCGACAUGAGCAAAAGACUCAAAUACUUGCCAACGGCUAUCAUGUAAAAGGUGUUGGCAAAAUUACAAGCAGCAUUACUAUAUCCCCUGCUACCUCUUCAGCCUCAAACUCAAAUAUCACUGUAAGUGGCCUCUGUGAUUAGGUAAAAACAUAGACAUAUAAUCUGAGCAUACGGUUUUUGUGUUCUCAGUCGCAUUCCUAUCUACCCAAACUAAAACAUACUUCUUCUAACAAGAGCCCAGAAUUAGUUGUAUUUGGUGUUACUUUUGUGUAGAUUCUACCACACUCAGGAAAAAUUGGUGUGUUGUCCUGGUAGUAUUGUCUGAUAACUGUAAAUUAAAAAUCACUUUACUCAGCAAGAAAACAAGUACAAUUCUCCUUUAAACAUUGCAUACAUGUGAAAUCUCGAGUUAAUUAGCCUGCACCUGGUUGAAUAAUCACGAAUGAAGCAAACUGAGUUCUUGUAUUUGGUAUCAUCAUAUGAACACUGUGGUUUUUGUUGUACAUGAGCCUUUGUAAAAUCUGCUGGAUCUAAUUUACGUGUCCCCAGAAUUACUGAUAUUAAAAACCUUUCAUUGACUAUUUGAUAUAUCUAGUCCAUGUACG